AUGUAUUGCAAUUUAACAAGAACCCAAGGAUUCCCAAUGGCGAUUAGGGUUUCGUUACAGUUCACGAAGUUUUCGAAUUUACCAGUUAAGUUUUACGUAAACCCAAGAGGAAGCGCCUUUGCAGAUGUUUCGACUUGUUUUAGCUGCGGCGGUAAGAGCCAAAGGAGUCUUUUUGUUAGUUCUCGCCUUAAAUCUAUAGAGACUGGAGCGUUAGGGAAGCUUGAUAGUGUUAGAGACUUUUCGAGCUUUGAUUCUCAGAGAUUUGGCAAACGAAGUAGUAAUAGUGGUAGAGGGAAACCUAGAUUAGGAUUGAAAGCUUUCACGGAGAAGAGAAAUGGCGGAAAUGGCCGUGGAGAUUCGAUUUGGGUGAAAUCUGAUGAGAAACAAGUGGAAGGGAGAACUCAGAAUCGUUCAUCUUGGGAUAAACGAGAUGGUAGAGCUCGAAACGAUUCGGUUUCUGCUGAUAGGAGCAGUAGAUACAGAGGUCAAGGCGAAACGAGAAAUCGAGAUUCUUUUCGUGUCAAAGCAGAAGAGGAAAGCGAGAAAGCUAGUGGAAAUUCGAUUUGGGUUGCUAAUGAUAAACCAGCAAAAGAGCAACUGCCGAGAGCUAACAGGUCAUCUUGGGAUAAGCAAGAUGGUAGAAGGAGAAAUCAAAACUCUGAAGCAGAAGACGAAACAGUCCCUGAAGUUGAUGAUGAUGAUGAUGAUAGUAUCGCUGAAGAAGGGGAAACAGAGCAGAUUGAAGAAGAGCCAAAUGAUAGCAGGUGGCCCGAGAUCAGAGAUAGGUUCAAUAGAUAUGAUGUAAGAAGAGAGCAAGGGCGUGACAAUGCAGCAUAUCGAAGCUGGAGCAGGCAAGAGAAUUGGGGUAGGAAAACGUGGCAAGAGGCGACCGAGUCAAGCGUGCCUAGGAUGGUUGGUGAAGUGGUUUAUGGAGUGAGUCCGGUGUUAGCCGCACUCUCUGUUGGGAGACGAGAGUUGUACGCUUUGUAUGUUCAAGAAGGUUUGGAUCUGAGCAGUAACAACAGGAAGAAGAAAGACAAGAAAUGUUUCGAGAAAGUCUUGAAAAUCUCUGAAAGACUCGGGUUAGACAUCAGGGAGACUUCGAAGCAUGAUCUCAACAUGGUUGCCGAUAACAGACCUCAUCAAGGGCUGGUUCUUGACGCUUCUCCAUUGGAACUGGUGAAAGUGAAAGAGCUAGACCCGGUUCCACCAGAGGAAGAGAAAUCCUCUCUUUGGGUAGCUCUCGAUGAGGUCACUGAUCCGCAGAACUUAGGAGCGAUCAUAAGAUCCGCUUACUUCUUCGGAGCCACGGGUAUUGUGGUGUGCGCGAAAAACUCAGCUCCUCUAAGCGCGGUUGUGAGUAAAGCAAGCGCCGGCUCGCUCGAAGUAAUGGAACUUAGAUACUGCAAGAACAUGAUGCAGUUCUUGGAAGCUUCUGCUGAGAACGGUUGGCGUGUGGUUGGUGGUUCGGUUUCUCCAAAGGCUGUUGCUUUGCAAGAGGUUUUACCCGGUGGCCCGACGAUUCUCGUCUUGGGGAAUGAAGGAACUGGUUUAAGGCCAUUGGUAGAGAGAUCAUGUACUGAGUUAGUUCGGAUUAGCGGUAACAUGCCUAGUGACGUUGGGGUUACAGAGUGUGAUGAUGGAUGCAGAUCUUUUGUUGCUGUGGAGAGCUUGAACGUGAGUGUUGCAGCUGGUUUGUUUCUUCACCACUUGAUAGGCAGCAACAGAGCAAGUGUUUGA